AUGGUUUCCAAAUGGGAGCUGGAGGAUUCCGAUGCCACCACACAAAGCGGUGACGCUAGCGAUGAUGACUUGGGCUACCCAAGGAGUACUCCCAAGAAAUGGCGGCAUCGGAUGGAGACCUCUGGAGGAGUCAGUUCAUCAGAACAGCCGGGACUGGGCCGCAAGGCAUGCAGCGCUAAAAACCCAAUUGCCGUAUCUGUAAACCAGGAGAUCAUAUCAUUGUCAGACGAUGAAUUCAGUGAUAUAAAAGAUUUUGACGAUGGUGCAGCUGCAUAUGAGAAGUUCAAGAACAGAAAAAGUCUCCAGCGCAAACAAGCAGCUGCAAUAACUCGCAGAGCUAAAGGUGUAACUCAAAAUCCAAUUGUUGGAAAACGCCCAGCCAAAACAGAAACCAACACGUCCUCCCGGAAAAGACAACGACAGUUGAAAGAGUAUGGAGAAUUAUCAUCCGAUGAUGACAUGAUGGGACACAUCCUGCCAAACUACAUUCAAAACCGCCGCUCAGCAUUUGAUAAGAAAACAGUGCUGUUGAAAGAGGCAGGAUUAAAAUUACCACCAAAUUUUGACGAUGUCGAGUUCUCUGAUGAUGAGCAUCUGGAGGAUCUGAAAGAGAAGCCGGAUUUCCAAAAGGCUACUCCAUCAAGAAACUAUGAAGACAUUCAACUUCCGUACUCUUUAGGCUUGAUCCCGGCCCCGAUCGCACAGUGGCUACGAGACUAUCAAGUUAGGGGGGUUGAAUUUCUACACGAAUUGUUCGUUUAUCAGAAAGGCGGGAUCCUCGGAGAUGACAUGGGUCUAGGGAAAUCAGUGCAAGUAAUAGCUUUCCUAACGGCCGCAUAUGGGAAAACAGGCGACGAACGAGAUGCUAAGCGCAUGCGAAAGAUGAGACGAACGGGAGACGGGGUUUGGUAUCCCCGAACUUUAAUUGUUUGUCCUGGGACUCUUUUGCAAAAUUGGAAAUCUGAAUUGGAUAGAUGGGGUUGGUGGCACGUGGAGGUAUAUCAUGGUGCUGGAAAGGAGGCAGCUUUACAGUCUGCUGCUUCAGGCAGGGUUGAGAUCAUGCUCACAACCUACAAAACCUACGUGCUCAAUAAGGGUGCGUUGAAUAUGGUUGAGUGGGAUUGCGUCGUGGCAGAUGAGUGCCACAUUAUUAAGGAGAGAAAGUCAGAAACAGCACAGUCGAUGAACGAAAUUAAUGCUCUUUGUCGAAUUGGUCUUACUGGUACAGCUAUCCAAAAUAAGUACGAAGAACUCUGGACACUACUCAAUUGGACCAACCCCGGGAAAUUUGGGCCGGUAUCCACUUGGAAGUCCACGAUUUGUGACCCGCUAAAAUUAGGACAGUCUCAUGAUGCAACUAUGUACCAACUUAGCAAAGCGAGGAAGACAGCAAAAAAGCUGGCUAAUAACCUUCUACCUCCGUUCUUCCUCCGCCGCAUGAAAACGCUGAUCGCGGACCAGCUACCAAAGAAGAGUGAUCGAGUCGUAUUUUGCCCCCUCACUCCAACCCAAGCGGAUGCGUACGAGAGGGUUUUAGAUAGUGAUAUAAUUAAGUAUAUCAAAAUGUCCUCUGAUCCUUGCUCCUGUGGAUCCCGUAAGAAAUCCGGCUGGUGUUGUCGCAUGUACUUACCCCAGGGUGGAAAAUGGCAAAGUUAUGUCUUCCCGGCGAUUUCAAACCUGCAAAAGCUCAGCAACCACCUUGCUAUUCUCAUUCCACAAUCACAGGAUCCGUCUGAAAAACAAGAUAAGGACCUAGAAAUGUUACAGAUCGCCGUACCGGACCAGUGGCGACAGCUUUAUGCCACGAGGGAUUCAAUCCUUAACUAUGCGAACCACGAGUUCUGCGGAAAGUGGAAAGUAUUAAAGAAACUGUUAAAGUGGUGGCACGGAAAUGGAGACAAAGUCCUUGUCUUUUCGCAUAGUGUGAGGCUGCUAAAAAUGCUCCAGAUGCUUUUCAAACAUACUAGUUAUAACGUCAGUUAUUUGGACGGUUCUAUGACCUACGAUAAUAGAGCCAAAGCCGUUGACAAUUUCAACGCUGAUCCUCGAGAAUUUGUAUUUCUUAUCUCUACGCGGGCUGGAGGAAUAGGACUGAAUAUCACUUCUGCUAACAAGGUCGUCGUUGUGGAUCCGAAUUGGAAUCCUGCCUUCGAUCUCCAAGCACAGGACCGCGCAUAUCGUAUUGGGCAAUCGAGAGAUGUUGAAGUGUUCCGGUUAAUUUCUGCUGGGACAAUCGAAGAAAUUGUCUAUGCCCGCCAGAUAUACAAACAACAACAGGCAAAUAUUGGAUAUACGGCCAGCACAGAACGGCGAUAUUUCAAAGGGAUCCAAGAAAAAAAGGGCAGAAGGGGCGAAAUAUUCGGCCUCUCAAAUAUGUUUCAAUACCAGGGCGACAAUAUCGUCCUGAGAGAUAUCGUCAACAAGACGAACGUCGCGGAGAGCAAAGUUGGUGUUAAAAUCGUCGAGCUCGAACUGGAUGAUACCAAUGAUGGGCUUAAUAAAGAGCCUUUCCCUUCACCAAACGAUGAGGAGAAUGACGAUGCAAUGAGCCAACUAGCCGCCAUGAUUCGAGGAGAAGAGGUCGGGGACAGGAACGAAAACAAAAUGAACGUCAUACAGGCCAAGCAUGACCCUAUCCAGGCCAUUCUAGCUGGAGCAGGUGUCGAAUAUACACACGAAAACUCCGAAGUGAUCGGUUCAUCGAAGAUCGAAGAACGCCUUAGCCGUCGCGCCGAGAUGGCAGCUGACGGCGCCAGUUUUGGUGAGGAGCAAGUUUUCCAAGGCUCGCAAGAUGAUGUCUCUUCAGGCUUUGAUGUCACCCAUGGAGGCAAGCGUGUUCGGUUCAAGUACCACCCGCCAGAGGACGUAAAGAGGCGUCAGUUUUGUAGCAUGGCCAAGCGAUUUGGAUUUGACAGUCUCACCGAGUUUGCUCUCGUUGUCGAGGGGAUGACUCAGGCCCAAAGGAGAGGUUAUCUGACAAAAUGGUAUCGAGAAUGCCAGUCAAUCCUGAUGAGCGGCACCAAUACGCCGGUCAUGGAAGAGGAUGUGAGCCUGCUGAAUAGUAUUCCAAAGCAGCAAACGCCAGGCUGA